GCUCGCUCUCGAGGGCGCGCGCUCGGCGGCGCCUGCGCAGAGGGACUAGGAAGCUGGGUCCCCGUUAGGUCCCCGCGCCUGCGCUGUGGCUCCGGCCUCCCGACCUGAGGGAGAGGCGCAGGAAGAUGGCGGCCGUGGUGGAGAAUGUGGUGAAGCUCCUUGGGGAGCAGUACUACAAAGAUGCCAUGGAGCAGUGCCACAAUUACAAUGCCCGUCUCUGUGCUGAGCGCAGCGUGCGCCUGCCUUUCUUGGACUCACAGACCGGAGUAGCCCAGAGCAACUGUUAUAUCUGGAUGGAAAAGCGACACCGGGGUCCAGGAUUGGCCUCUGGGCAGCUGUACUCGUACCCUGCCCGGCGCUGGCGGAAAAAGCGGCGAGCCCACCCUCCUGAGGACCCAAGACUUUCUUUCCCAUCUAUUAAACCAGACACAGACCAGACCCUGAAGAAGGAGGGGCUGAUCUCUCAGGACGGCAGUAGUUUAGAGGCUCUAUUGCGCACUGACCCCCUGGAGAAGCGAGGCGCCCCAGAUCCCCGUGUUGAUGAUGACAGCCUGGGCGAGUUUCCUGUGACCAACAGUCGAGCACGGAAGCGGAUCCUAGAACCGGAUGACUUCCUGGAUGACCUCGAUGAUGAGGACUAUGAAGAAGACACUCCCAAGCGUCGGGGCAAAGGGAAAUCCAAGGGUAAAGGUGUUAGCAGUGCCCGUAAGAAACUGGAUGCUUCCAUCCUAGAGGACCGAGACAAGCCCUAUGCCUGUGACAUCUGUGGAAAACGUUACAAGAACCGACCAGGCCUCAGUUAUCACUAUGCCCACUCCCACUUGGCUGAGGAGGAGGGCGAGGACAAGGAAGACUCUCAGCCACCCACCCCCGUCUCCCAGAGGUCCGAGGAGCAGAAAUCCAAGAAGGGUCCUGAUGGAUUGGCCCUGCCCAACAACUACUGCGACUUCUGCCUGGGGGACUCAAAAAUCAACAAGAAGACAGGACAGCCCGAGGAGCUGGUGUCCUGUUCUGACUGUGGCCGCUCAGGGCAUCCGUCUUGCCUGCAGUUCACGCCUGUGAUGAUGGCAGCAGUGAAGACCUACCGCUGGCAGUGCAUCGAGUGCAAAUGCUGCAACAUCUGUGGCACCUCCGAGAAUGACGACCAGCUGCUCUUCUGUGAUGACUGUGAUCGUGGCUACCACAUGUACUGUCUUACCCCGUCCAUGUCUGAGCCUCCAGAAGGAAGUUGGAGCUGCCACUUGUGUCUGGACCUGCUGAAGGAGAAAGCUUCCAUCUACCAGAACCAGAACUCCUCUUGAUGUGGCCAAUUCCCCUGUUCCCCCAAACAUCUAGGGCUGUUUCCUCCUCUCUUAUUUUUCAUAACCAUUUUCCCUUCCUCCUCUCUUUCAAAAGUCCAGAGAACCUGGGGGGUGGUGGUGCCAACUUGCCUUUGGCUGCAGCAAGCUAAAGUGACAGCUCUGACUGCUUCUGGCCCCAGGCCUCAGGGAGAACGGAGCAACAUGCCCCAAGGUGUACCUGUGGGCCCAGCUUCUCAUGGCUCUCCAUGAAGUGCAUUCACUUUGCCUGCCUUGGGCCCUGGCCCUGAUGAUCACAGGUUCACACGGUGUCCACUGAGAAAGAGUGGGAGGAAACAGCUCACUUCUCUCUCAGCUUUGCCUCCACACUGGUCUCCAGGGUUUUCCCUUCCCCCAGGGGUGAGUCAAGCUGGGACCUCUUUACCAGGAGUAGCUGGUAGUGAGCAACUGAGUAAAUUGAGGAAGAACUUGCAAGGAGCUUUCCAUGCCCUUCCUGCUGCUUAGCCUCACCACCCCCUUCCCUCAGAGUGGCUCUCUGCAGCCUCUGUUCCUGCUACUGAGGAUCCUUUGCCCAAGCCAGUAGGUUCUUGGUCACCCUCUGCGUUCUGCCCUGUCCCAUCCGGGGGGAGUAGCAGCUUCACCCUAAUUCUUGUGCUUACCUGGCUUACUCUCAACAGAUGGUCUCCAGUGACUGCAGCAUUCCCCACUCUUGGAAUUUCCUAUCUCCGCUUCCCUUCCUUAUUCCCUUUGGUUUUGUGGGGAGAGGAAGCAUCAGGGGUCCAGGCCAGCCGCUUGGGGGUCAGGGAGAUGUUGGACAAUGUGCCUGUUUUUUAACUCGAUAAAAAAGCCUACCUCCGUAAUCCCCUUUUUGUUCUUCCUGGACCUGGGUAUUCAGCUCCUGCCCUUAACUGAAUUGAGAGUCUCUGCCUCCUGUUCUGUGGGCCCUGGGUCCUGGGUCACAGGGAAGCCACAGACAGCCCUCUCUUCCCUUGCACGCUCACUCGCAGCUGGUAAGGUCUUCACACCCUGAUAACUCCGUUUUCUGCUUGGUAACACUCACGUAGUGGGAGGGAUACUCCAUGCUAGGACACCCUGGUGUGGCCUUCCCCUUGGCCAUGGGCAGGCCCUCAUUCACUGUUGCUUUGGAGUUGUGUCUUUUUUCUUUCUUUAGUUCCCGUAUUCUAAACAUUAGUACAAAUAAACAUUUUUACACAGA